AAUUGUAACGCUUUUUUCUCUCAGCAAAGAUUUCAAAGGCACGAUUUCGAAUUCGAAGGCUCAGAGAAGAAGAAGAAGCUCCUUCGAAAGUUCCAAUCGAUUUGAUCAUCCAAAUCAGGAGACACAGCAACCUACUCCGUGUAAUUGAUAAUGUUCUACAGAGGAUAUGGAGAUGGUCCUGAUGGGCGUGAGAUGGGACCUAAGCGUCAAAGAAUGAUUGAUCAAGGUCCUCCAGGACCAUUCUAUGGACCUCAUCCUAGUUCUGGCUUUAUGUAUAACCCUUAUGGAUUUGUUGCUCCUCCUCCACCUCCUCCUUUUCCUGCGGUUCGACUCCGUGGUUUACCCUUUGAUUGCGCAGAGCUUGAUGUAGUAGAGUUUUUUCAUGGUUUGGAUGUGGUUGAUGUCUUGUUUGUUCACAGGAACAAUAAGGUUACUGGAGAAGCCUUUUGCGUUUUGGGUUAUCCCCUUCAGGUUGAUUUUGCUCUUCAGAAGAAUAGACAGAACAUGGGAAGGAGAUAUGUAGAAGUUUUUAGGAGUACAAAACAGGAGUACUAUAAGGCUAUUGCUAACGAGGUUGCGGAAUCUCGUGUCCAUGGUAUGGCUAGUGGUGGUGGUGGAGGUUUAGGUGGUGGCAAUGGAAGUGGAGGUGGAGGUGGAGGUGGUGGCGGUGGAGGUCGAAUAAGUGGUGGAAGUUCACCUCGCAGACACGUGCAGAGGGCUAGAUCGAGUGAUGAUGGGAAAGAGGAUAUUGAACAUACAGGUAUCUUGAGACUUAGAGGAUUACCGUUCUCAGCAGGAAAGGAAGACAUACUUGACUUCUUCAAAGAUUUCGAGCUGUCUGAAGACUUUGUUCAUGUUACUGUUAAUGGUGAAGGGAGACCCACUGGGGAAGCUUUUGUGGAGUUUAGGAAUGCAGAAGAUUCACGAGCUGCAAUGGUUAAGGAUAGGAAGACGCUUGGCAGCCGUUACAUAGAAUUGUUUCCUUCAUCGGUUGAGGAGUUAGAGGAGGCACUAUCAAGAGGAAGAUGAUACUGAUACAGCAUCUCUCAUGGUACUUUCAUACCUCUUCUAAAUGGUUUUCCUAAGAUCACAAUUCCGAUGCAUUGAUGGUUCCGGUUUUGAUGUAUUACUAUCUGGUCAGAGAACUAGUUUUAUCCAUUCUUUAGAUUUUGUUGUGCUGUAUUGGUCAAGAUUUCCAUGCACCUGCAACAAUAGAGUCAGUUUUGAUUCACUUGCUCUUGUUAUCGUAAGAGCCCUUGAUGGAUUGUAACAGUAGGCUUUACUGAAGUUGUGGGAAUAGGAAUCUUGAUUGAUACUCUUGUCUGUGAGACAUGUGGUUAAAACGUCACCGUCUCAAGGUCGUCAGAAGCCUUGAAUAGAUAAAUCGUUUUUGGACUCUUUGUAGUAUUUGUAAACAGACUGGAGAAAACAAAAACAGUAUGGAGCAUUUCUCUGUAUUGAUGAUAUCUUUUGUGAGAGGCUUUGAAUCGAUUCACUUAACAAUGAUGCUUUAGACAUAUUUUUAUAUGUAGGGACAAAACCAUUGGACAUAUAUCUAUCAGUAGACAGUAUAAUACAAAUGGUAGAACAGUUGUUACUUGUUAGGUAUUGUUUCUUUGCCUUUUUUUCAUUUCUACCAUCACAUCUAAAACAUGAAAUAAUUGUUAGCAUUUAAUUAUUCGAUUCUGAAAAUGCUACUAUGCAAGCAGUAGAAACUUAUCUCAUGUCUUUGUCAUUCUGUCUUCUUUGUACACAUCUGAAGUGGGAGUUUGAUUUUU